CGCAGGCACUGGCGUCGCACCAAACUCGGAUUCUGAACGGUGGAAGAAAUGCUGGCUAACGACGCCUGGUGGGUAUAGGGCUCUGCAAGCUAGGAAGCUCUUGUUUAAUUUUUUUUGCUUGUGUUAUUUGUCAUUGUAUUACCAUGUUUUGUCUGAUGGUUAAAGAACCGCCUUUAUGCUAUGGUGAAUUUAUUUAACCUUGCAGCGCCUUAAUCAGUUGAUCUCUAGCCAAUUAUAUAAUCUGCCUAGAUUAUAUAAUCCAUUUGCCAUAGAUUCAUUUGCAGGAGUGUUAAAACAGCUCGUUGUUUUGGGAUUUGCUGCCUCAAGUUUCAUCUAGCUACCUCCAACAAACCCUUCAAUCUCCAUGGCUACAUCGGACAAGAAAACAAGGGGCUAUGUUCCUUGGAAUGAUGAGAUGGAUAAGGUACUCCUUGAUACAUUUGUGGACUAUUACAAUAAAAGUGAUAGAUGUCAGAAUGGGUGGAAGUCUCAUGUAUACACAGUUGCUGUGAAGAAUGUUUGUGAGAAGUGUAAUGUCACCAUUACAAAGGAAAAUAUUAGCUCUCGCAGCAAGAACUUUGAUAAGCACUACAAUAUCAUUAAUGGUUUGUUGUCCACUAGUGGUUUUGGAUGGGAUUGGGAGAAGAACAAGCUCAAAGUUGAUAGUGACACUGUAUGGGAUGAGUACGUUGAGAGGAAUAAGGAAGCAAAAGGAUAUAGACAUAAGGUUGUGAAGUUUUGGGUUCUACUUAGCCUAGUGUACAAUAAAGACCAAGCAAAUGGAGAGGGUGCUAAAACAGCAGUUGAAAGUUCAAAGGAAAUGGCAAAAGAGAAUGAUACCGGAGACAAGGAUGCUCCAUAUUCUGUAUCUUCCUCGAGUAGUUUAAAAAGACAAAGAUCAGAUGAUUCAUUUAACUCUAUAUGGUGUGAUAAGUUUGACAUGCUUACAUCUGCAUUGAAAGAUGACGGUCCAAAGCUACCCUCUUCCGCCGAAGUUCUCGCCGCAUUACAAGAGGUUGAGGGACUUGAUGAAGACACAUAACUUGAGCUUUAUGACAUCCUCACCUCUAAUGCACGCAAGUUUGAGUCGAUGAUGGCACUCCCAAUGGAAAGGAGGAAGAGGUGGCUUAUGAUGCAGCUAAGGAAGUGAAACAACUUAUAUAUGAACUUAGAUCUCUGUGUUGAACUGAUUAUGUGACUUGUCUUUGUGAAACUUUUGUGUGCGAACUUGAUGGCUAUGUGAAAUUGUUGUGUGCGAACUUGAUGGCUUUAUGAAACUGCUAUGUGAAGAUUUGAUGUCUUUGUAGAACUUUUAUGUGCGAACUCGAUGACUUUGUGAAA